CUGCAGUCCUGGGGGAGAGGGAACUUUAUUGUCAGCUGUUCUCUAGCAUCCCUGUGGACUGAGAGGCAGCGCGGGAGUCAUGAAGCAGGAGGUCAGGGCAGCUCUGGGGUCAGCUCGCCCCUGGCUCCACUCAGCUGGACUGACAGAGGCGAACCUUUCUGCUCAGAGAGGUGUUGGUCUUGCCCGGGCACACUUUGAGAAACAUCCGCCCGCCAACCUGCGCAAGUCAAACUUCUUUCACUUUGUGUUGGCUUUAUAUGAUAGUCAAGGUCAGUCUGUGGAGAUAGAGCAUACUGCGUUUGUGGACUUUGUUGAAAAGGAGAAGGAGCCAGUAAGUGAAAAAACAAACAAUGGAAUCCAUUACAAACUGCAGUUACUCUACAACAAUGGUGUCAGAGCAGAGCAAGAUCUAUACAUCCGUUUGAUAGACUCUGUGACCAAACAGGCAAUUGUGUUUGAAGGUCAAGAUAAAAACCCUGAAAUGUGUCGUGUUCUUCUCACCCAUGAGAUAAUGUGCAGCCGAUGUUGUGAUAAGAAAAGUUGUGGAAACAGGAACGAAACACCAUCAGACCCCGUCAUUAUUGAACGGUUCUUCCUAAAAUUUUUUCUCAAAUGCAAUCAAAAUUGCCUGAAGAAUGCAGGGAACCCACGAGACACACGUCGUUUCCAGGUGCUGGUCUCUACCACUGCCUCUGUUAAGGGCCACGUUCUAGCCAUUUCAGAUAGCAUAUUUGUCCAUAACAAUUCAAAGCAUGGCAGAAGACCAAGAAGAUUUGAGCUGAUUGAAGCUGAGAUCCCCUGCAUUAAGGCCAUCAGUCCGAGUGAAGGUUGGACAUCAGGUGGGGCCUCGGUGAUUAUUAUUGGAGAUCGUUUUUUUGAUGGUCUACAGGUGGUUUUCGGAACAGUGGUGGUCUGGAGUGAGGUGAUCACACCACAUGCAAUUCGUGUGCAGACUCCACCUCGUCACAUCCCUGGCGUUGUCGAAGUUACAUUGUCCUACAAAUCCAAACAGUUCUGCAAGGGACCUCCAGGACGCUUUAUCUACACUGCUUUAAAUGAACCAACCAUUGACUACGGGUUCCAGCGGCUGCAGAAGGUCAUUCCUCAUCAUCCAGGCGAUAUGGAAAGACUACCAAAAGAGGUCUUACUGAAGAGAGCCGCUGAUCUGUUAGAGACAUUUUAUGGAAUGCCUCACAACAACCAGGAGAUGAUUCUUAAGUGUGCAUCUGAUAUAGCAGAAGUACUCCACACCAUCCCACGAAACCCAUCCCACACAAAUUCACAUGGAACGGUGGGUGUAAACUCCUUUGAUGCGCAGUUACCUGUGAACACAGAAGUUUCACAGGAUGUAGAAAGAGUGUCUCUUUCAGUGGGUUUCAGUCGGAGUUCAAACAGUGGCUUCACUGCAGGAAGCACAUCCUCUGAAUUCAAUAAUACCAACACAUGCAUGAACAGACACACACAUUCACAUUCACACUCCAGCAUGCCAAGACACACACACUCAAAUACACACCCGUCCAUGGCUGGGCUCACACAAACACAAGAACACCCUUCUGUGUCAAACUUCUCAGUGGCUGCCACACAGCCAUUCUUAGACAAUGCCACAGCAGAUGCACAACACUACAUUGUGAAGCAAAAAAGUGCAUUUGCUCCAGUUCUAAAGCUGCAGUCCUCACCAGCACAAGCUUCAAGUCUUCCCAUUUGCACGCCUUGCAUGGACUAGUGACACCAGUCACACUCUUACAUGGACAAAUGACAAACUCCAUUCAGAAGUACUCUUCGUGGACAGGAAAUGAAAACAUCUGU